CUGUCCACCCUGGCAGGGCCAUGGCCGAGGCCCGAGUCUCCCAGCCUGGGGCAUCUCCACGCUCUGUAACUCUGAGCUCCAGGCACCUGUGAAGCCCCAGGGGCCAAGGCUGGUGGGCCGGGGCUGGGAGGCCUGCACACCUGGGUUCUGGGUCCCUAAACCAGCACCCACCGCCACCAUGAUCUGGCUUCGAAACAGGAGGCGCCCUGAGCCGCUCCAGGGCACCCCGAAGUGGGUCCCUGUUCUGGGGGAGCUGCAAAAGACCCUCCAGAAGGGCGAAUACCUGCCCCUCCGUCCACUGCCCAUGUUCGAGAGUAACUUUGUUCAGGUGACCCAUCAAGGGGGCCCAGUGUUCGUGAAUCACAGAACCAACCGGCUGGCCAUGGGCGUGGCUGCCUCCCUGCCAGGCCUGGUGUUGCCCGACAUCUUGCUGAUCGGCCAGCCUGCCGAGGACGGGGACUGCUCGGGCCUCGUGCUGACCAGGAUGAUCCCCCUGGACCUCAUCCACCUCUGCGUCCAUGACCUCUCUGCCUGGCGCCUGAAGCUGCGCCUGGUCUCGGGCCGCCAGUACUACCUGGCUCUGGACGCCCCCGACAACGAGGCAGGCUUCCUGUUCCACUGUUGGAUCCGCCUCAUCAACCUGCUUCAGGAGCCGCCUCCCACCUGGGCCCCCAGGACCAUGUGCACGGCCCCCCUGGAUGUGCCCCUGGCCAAAGCACCUGCCUCCACCUGGCACCUGCAGGACCAGCCCGUCAGCAGACAUGCAGUCAGGGUUGCUGAGCACAACUUUCCUUAUAAGAAGUCUCCGGUGGCCACUCGGAGACAGAGGAAGGCCAAGGCACUCAAGCGCAGUUUCAAGUCUCAGGCCGUGGGCGACUCUGUGCCCCUCAUCUGGUCGCAGCUGGAGCAUGCCGACGUCGGGAAGAAACCUGCAGAAAAGAAGUGGGCCUGCACAUCUGCAUCUGAGGAGGCCACAGGCCAGCGACCUGUGUUUGAGAGCCCUUCGUACUGUGUCUCAGCUGACAGCCCUGAUUGCUUCUUUCUGGGCUCCGGCAGCUCCCUGGACCCGUGCCUGUGGCAUCAGGACAUGGAAGACCUCAUGGAUUCUGAGAGCAGCACUUUGUCAUCUGCUGCCUCCGGCCUGGCUCCCUAUCCCCCGGCUGCCCGCCUCUCCACACCCUACUCUUCCAUCCCCAGGGGCAGGGAAAAGGCCAGGUCUAUGGGCUCCCACCAGGGGCGGGGGCCACCACCCUGCCAGACGGGCCCUGUCACAUCUUGCAAGGCACCAUUCCUCGUUGACCAGUCCCAGAUGCUCCCAGCUGUACCUGCUUCAUCACAGAAGCCCCCACCUGGAUUGGCUCCUCCCCAGAAGGUCUCAGCUGCAUCAGCUCCUCCCUGGAAGGCCUCAGCCGUACCUGCCCCACCCCAGAAGGCCCCACCCCCAUCUCAGAAGGCCCCAUCUGUACCCACCAUUCCCCAGAAGGCUGUGUGCCCCACUGCUCCAAAGAGGAAAUCUCUGCUUCUCCCUGCCCCGUCCCAAAAGGCUCUGCAGACCUCACCUCCCCAAUACCAGAUGGCACCGGGCUCGCCUGCCUCACGGGGGAGGCUCCCUGGCGACGUGUUGCCAACAGGAAUUCCUGGAAGAGCUGCGCUGGAGAGAAGCCCGUCUGGAGGGAAACCGGAGCCAGCGGUGACGGUGGGCACCCAGGAGACAGAUGUGGUGAUGACGACUCAGGUCAAGUCCCUGGAGUCGCCCUUCACCGUGACCAAGAAGGAGUCCAAGGACAUCCUGGUUAGCAAAACCCAGGAGGUGACCCUGGAGGCCUUCAGGGGCCAGGGGAAGUUGGAGGACCGGGCCCACUUGGCGAAGCUUGAAGAGAGGUCCCUGGACCCGCCUGGCGCGAGAUCCAAGGAGCUGGAGCAGCGGAAGAGAUGGGUCGAGACAAAGGAGCUGGCCGUCGAGGGCCCCUCCCAGGAGCUCAGCAGGCCCUUCUCCGUGGAAACGCUCACCCUCGCCAAGCUCACGAUCCUGGCCAACUCCAAAGAGCAGCGCGUGAAACCCUCUCUGGUCUCACUUCCCUCCUGGCUCUUGGCGACUUCGCAGGCGUCUGCCACGUCAAUGAUGGCUUCAAUGCCCUUCCACCCAGGCCAGCUGUCCUCACCGGAGGGGAAGCCAGUGGUGGUCAGAGAACAGCCAGAGUCGCACACUUGGGUGAAGGAGGGCAAGCGGCAAUGGGGCGAGAGUAAAGGGUCACCCUGGGACCCCGAGGGGCCGCCCAAGGUGCCCCUUCGCUCCAAGCCCACCUCUGCCAGUCCCAAGAGGGAAGGAAUCUCCCAGGCGCCUAUUCCCCUGCCCGCCUCACGGUGGGAGGGCUUACUGCCAUCCCCCCUCUCGGAGACCCCCAUCUCAAAGACGGAGGCCACAGCCAAGGCGUCCCAGCAGCCCAAGAGACUGUCGGAGGAGCCCGUGAAGAUGCCAGCCCAGCACCCCCUGGCCACUGUGGGGUCGUCUUCAGAAAUUCUUUUGCCCAUGCUCUUAGAACUUGAAACUGUGAGGAACACGGCCACCAAGGCAGAGGAAAUACAGGAGGAAUCGGGUGUCUUUAACCUUCCACCCAGCCUGCAGCACUCCCAGCACUUUGAGUAGCUGGAUGCGGGGGGUGGGGCUCAACCCCAGUCGGAAACUGUCCGGAGGAGCCCAGUGCUGCCAGG